CUUUGGCAAGAAAUCCUGCAUCUCCACUCCAGAGUGGAGAUUGCGAGAGAACUUUGAGCGGAGUGGCUGACGUGCAUGUGCGCGUCGGUGGAAAUCGAGUCCACGGAGCGUCGGUGUUCACAGUGGCAUCACGGCGUAGGUGUAGAAAGAGAUCGAGGAAUAGGACACAUGCACGUCUAUAUCGGGACACCCCCAGCUGUCCGUUGCAGAAACCUGACCAGGUGGCUGAUUCGCUCGUGGGCGCGUCACGACGCAUCAAGGCUGCAACAGCUUGACUCUCAAGCUAAUCUUCACCUUGGUGACGGCAGCAGUGCGCGGAAAAACCUGGACUGCGAUUCUGUAUCUAAUUUUAUUCGAUUUUUUUUUUAUCCGUGGUUCCGACCAGCUUCUACGGGACUCACGCAUUCAUCGCGGACUCUCGGACAGCGAUGUUUUGCAAGGAGACGCUCCUGACUGAGUUGGAUACGAUGCCUGUUUUUGCCUGGAAUCUAUAAAGUCCCUCGCGUCAAGAGUCACUUUCCUGAUUCACGUUGUCAACAUGUUGCCAGAGAUAAACAAGACGUCAUGCCCGGAGGCCUUCCCUCACAGACAGCAAACAGAGGGCAGUUGUCUUGGGACCAACCGAUCCUGCUUACAGAAGUUUGGCCCGGGAGUAGAAACUUUGCCUCAGCUAGAGCCUCCAGCGGUCCAGGUGGUUGUCAGCAAUGCCAAGAACAAGCACCAGCAGCAGUCCGACCACAUCCUGCCCCAAAUAGUCACUCCGGGAGUCCAGAACCAUUAUCAAACAAACACAAUUGAGAGGCCUAAGCCCACACAGCAGUUCACCAUGCGAUUUGGUGCAGCCAUGGAUAAAAUCUCAGGGUCCCGCAACAACAAACUCUUUAGUAACAGGCUGAACAAGGAAAAGGCACCAGAGAAUCGAAGAUUACCAAUGUCUCCCACAGACUCAGUCAACAAUUUCCAAGAUCGUCUGACUGAGUUUGAGAAGGAGGAAAUUAUGGACUACGCGGAGAUUUGGUUCCUCGGUCUCGGCUCUCAGAAGAUCGAGGCCUCCCGAGCUGCUCCGCAGAACUGCGGAUUUGAUGAUGAGCAUGGGAGCUACAUCAGGGUGCUGCAUGACCAUAUCGCUUACAGAUUUGAAGUACUUGAAGUGAUUGGUAAAGGCUCCUUUGGACAGGUUCUGAAAUGCUUGGACCAUAAGACUAAUGAACUCGUGGCUGUUAAGAUGAUACGCAACAAGAAGAGGUUCCAUCAUCAAGCUUUAGUUGAGCUGAAGAUCCUGGAUGUGAUCAAGAGGAAAGACAAAGACAACCUUCACAAUGUCAUCCACAUGAAGGAGUACUUCUACUUCCGAAAUCACCUCUGCAUCUCCUUUGAGCUUCUCGGGGUGAACUUGUAUGAGCUGAUCAAAAAGAACAACUUCCAGGGCUUCAGUGUGGCUCUCAUCCGUCGCUUCACCCACGCUCUGCUCAGGUGCCUGCAGAUGCUCCACAGAGAGAAGAUCAUACACUGCGACCUCAAGCCGGAGAAUAUCCUAUUGUCUCAGAGAGGACCAGGGAACAUCAAGGUGGUUGAUUUUGGAUCAAGCUGUUAUGAACAACAAAGAGUGUACACCUACAUCCAGAGCCGCUUCUACCGCUCCCCCGAGGUCAUCCUGGGUCAUCCCUAUAGCAUGGCCAUUGAUAUGUGGAGCCUGGGCUGCAUUCUGCCUGAGCUCUACACCGGGUACCCUCUCUUCCCUGGGGAGAGUGAAGUGGAGCAGAUGGCAUGUAUCAUGGAGCUUCUUGGAAUGCCUCCAAACGAUUUCGUUCAGUCUGCAUCCAGGAGGAGAUUGUUCUUCGACUCAAAAGGAAAUCCCAGAAACACCACGAAUAGUAAGGGGAAGAAACGAAGACUCAGUUCCAAGGACCUGUCAACUACACUGAAGACAAACGAUACUUUAUUCUUAGACUUCAUCACACGCUGCCUCACUUGGGAUCCAAUUAAACGGAUGACACCAGAUGAGGGUUUACGGCAUGACUGGAUCCUAGAGGGGAAUUUCAACAGGGUGAAGCCCAGAACUAAACCAUCAGGGAAGAAGCCUACGGACAGUUUGACCGCCGCAGAGAGAAAUGGUGAUACUGGAGAGAGGUUCAGCUCCGAAGAAUACAGCGAUGAUGACAAGUUGAAGAGACACAGUUCGGAAACAAAGACAAGCCCCAGUGAACGUAUGAGGCCUAUUGGGGCUUCAGCGGAGGACGCGGUAUGCGAGAGUGAGGAUUCCAAGCUUCAGGAUGGUGGUUUGGAGAAGCCGGUUCACAUCGUUAUCAAGCCUCAGAAGGAAGAGGGUACCGAAAGACGAGACAGCCCAGUGCCCUCUCAGUGAUUGCCUCCUAUCAUGUAAGAGCAGAGGAGAGCUGUGCCGCGUUCAAGAAAAACAGGUAACUCACAUGGGUGCUGAGAUUCGCUCCUGCUUUUCCAUUCAUCAGCCAGGGUUAUAAACUAAAAUGGUAUUAGCCAAGACUUCCUGCAAGGUGAUGGUGACAGGUUGUCAUGUUGUUUUGUGUGAACAUGACACCGCACAAGACAAUUCGAAUGGGAGUGGCCGAUCACUUGUAAUAUGUGAACAACAGUAUUUUAGAAGGUGAUGUAUCGAUAGAGUUACAUUGAAAUAUUCAUGAAAAUAGCACUUAUGUUGUUUGUAAUGUUUGUAUGUUUUUUCAGUCUCAUGGGAAUGCUCAGAAAAAAAAAUAAUUUUUCUAAUUAUCAUUAUCUGCUGAGCAUAGUGUUGGUUGAGUGUUGAAAUCUCUGACGAAUGUUUAUUUUGCAAAAGGAAAAGGUUAAUUUUUGAAAUGGGAAGAAUAUUCAAUUCUUUUUUUUUUUUUUGCUGCUUUUUAUUCUCAUUUUUCCUUUACAAACUUUCUCAUGUUAAACUAUGAAAGUGUGUGUGCAAUGCAGGCCAAACCAAAACUGUUUUGUAUGCAGAGACACUUAUCAUUAUAUAUUGCUUAUUAAUUGUUUUAUUUAUUUGUUUUAGCAAAUGUUUUAUAUCUGAUUGGCAAAACAUGUGCUCCUCAACAAUUAUAUAUUUGUGAUUCAAGUUAUUGUAGAUUGUGUCCAAAAUGUGUGUAGUACAGAAUACCCAUUUAUUGCUACUGUAUGAUCAUACUUUGAAUGUUUGCGUUGUGUGUUUUUUACACUAGAAACUAAAAGACAAACUUAGUUUGUGCCUUGCAGUGUUCGAUAUCUUGCACUUUGCUGGCGCGUAGAAUCUGUUGGAUUCUUAUAGUUGUGCAUAAGAAA